AUGAGUACAGAUGAAAAAAAAGUACUUCAUGUGGACUUAGUCAAGUCCAAGGUUCAUAUUAUUGGGCUUGAGGAGGAGAAGAAGUCCCUCUAUGGCAAGGGUAGAGUGCACAAGACACCUUCUACCCUCAAGGUUAAAAUUGAUCUACACACAUCCGAGGAGAAGAGAGAUAGUCCUUCACCUAUUUCUAGACCUAACUCGAGUUUUACGAAGGGAAAACAAGUUUGGGUGUCUAGGGAUGACCUUGAGAAACUCACCAUCUCAACCAAUUUAGAGGCUCCGAGUGCUUCUAGCAAGGUCAUUGCUCCUAAGAAGUAG